AUGAAAUCUGCAUAUUAUUUGGAUGUUUUACGUGGGCGAUGUCAAGAAUUACCUGAUGUACGAUCAAAAAUUGUACGAGUUUUUGUUAGUUCAACAUUUACAGAUACAUUAGCUGAACGAGAUUCUUUGAUUGAAAAUAUAUUUCCUAAACUUAAAGAUUAUUGUCGGCAACAAUAUGGAUUAGAAUUUCAAUAUGCUGAUAUGCGUUGGGGAAUUCAAACGGAAUCUGCUAAUAAUCAUGGAGAAGUUGCAACAUGUUUAAAAGAAAUUGAAUUAUGUAAAAAAUAUUCUGUGGCAACUAAUUUUGUAGUGUUACUUAGUCAUCGUUAUGGUUCACGACCAAUACCAGCCCAAAUUCGUGCAUCACUUUUUGAAUUAUUAAAAGAUACUGUUGUUAAUGAAUUAAAUGAACUUAAAGAUGGUGAUUUAUUAACAGAAUGGUAUAAAUUAGAUACCAAUUGUAUGCCACCUGCAUAUAUUUUACAAAAUAUUUCAUCAAUUUUACCGAAUUUUUUAUCAAAAAAUACAGAUGAAAUAAAACAAGCAGAUAAAGAAUGGAAAAAGAUUAGUAAUCGAUUAAGAAUAAGUCUUCGACAAGCAGCAGAAUUAUGUCUUCAACGAGAACAAAUUACUGAAAGUGACUAUGAUGAAUUUUUUAUAUCAAUUACGGAAAAGGAAAUUAUCAAUGGUAUCCUAUCAGCAAAAGAUGCAAAUGAACGUACAUUAUGUUUUUUACGUGAAAUUGUUGAUAUUCGAGAUCAUUUAUCCGAUGAAAAAGCAUCAAAAUAUAUCGAUAUGUCAUCAUCAACAGAUAUUGAUAAUGAAGCAGAAAAAUUACUUAAUCGUUUAAAAACUACACGUAUUCCUGCUGCAUUACAAUCUUCAAAUAUAUUUCAAUAUCAAGUUCAUUGGUCAUCAAAUGGAAUAACUCGACAAAAUCAUGUAGAAUAUCUCGAAAAAUUUAAUAAUGAUUUUUAUCAAGCAAUGCAAAAUCAAAUAGAUAAAUGUGUACAAUCACGUUUUACACAUGAUUCGAAUAGUUUACAACAUGAAGUAUUAGAACAUGCAAUACAAUGUAAAACAUAUGUUACAAAAUUUCAUGGAAGAACGGAUGUUUUAUCUAAGUUGGAAAAAUAUGUAAAAUCAAAAGAAGAACAUCGACCAUGUGUUGUAUAUGGUCAUUCAGGAUGUGGAAAAACUAGUGUAUUAGCUAAAACGGCGACAGAAGUAUUCAAAUGGUGGUCACGUCGAUCUGUUUCAGUUAUUUUACGUUUUCUUGGAACUACACCAACAUCUUCUACUAUUUAUAAAACUUUAUUAUCUAUAUCUGAACAAAUAAGUGAAUUAUAUCAUAUACCUAUGAAUUCAUAUCCAACUGUGAAUCAACUUCGUGAUCAACUUGAAACAUAUCUUCUUUCGGAAAUUCCUGCUAAUGAAUAUCUUGUUAUAUUACUUGAUUCUAUUGAUCAAUUACAAACUGAUGCAUAUGAUUGUAAAUGGUUACCAUUCUACUUUCCAUCAAAUGUUAAAUGUAUUUUAUCAACAUUACCCGAUCAUGGAGAUAUAUUGAAACGUUUACAAUUGAUUUUGAAAGAAGAUGAAAAUUUAUUUAUAAAUGUUCCACCAUUUGAACCAGCAACAGUUGAACUUGUUUAUAAUGAUUGGCUUAAAAUGAAAAAUCGUUCAUUAAGUUCUGAACAACGUUUAUUUAUAAAUAAUUUAAUGACAGAAAGAAGUGAAAUUCUUCCUUUAUUUAUGAAACUUUUUUUUGAUAUAAUAUCAACAUGGCAUUCUUAUGAUCCAAUUGAUGAAAACUUAACUGAUUUAAAAGAAGUUGAUGAUUGUAUACGUUAUUUAUUUCAACGAUUACAAAUUAUACAUAAUACAGUUUUAUUUAGUCGAGCAUUAUGUUAUAUGACAGCGUGUCGAAGUGGAAUUAGUCAAAAUGAAUUAGAAGAUGUUCUUUCACUUGAUGAUGAUGUACUUAAAAGUGUUUUUCAACAUUAUAUACCACCUGUUCGACGUUUACCUGGUAUAUUAUGGACAAGAAUUCGAAAUGAUUUAGAUGAAUACAUAACUGAAAAAGAAGUUGAUGAUGCACCUGUUAUUUAUUGGUAUCAUCGUCGAUUUAUUGAAGUAGCUCGUCAAUUGUAUGUAUCAGAUUUAACCAAAGAAGACCAAAAAAUAGUUUUUCAAAAUCUUAUUGAUCUAUUUAAAGAAACAUGGAAAGGAAAAAAUAAACCAUUCAAAAUCGAUGAUCCUAAAUUAGUGCAAAAAUAUAAAUUAGAUCAAUCUGAUGGUGAAAUACAAGCGAAUCGUUUUACAACAUCACAACCGAUAGAAUUUAUUGAUGUUGAUGGUCGAAUACAAUAUAAUAAACGAAAACUCAAUGAAUUACCUCAAUUUCUUGACAAACUAACAGUUGAUAUUGCAGUUCCAGUUGCAGCUGAAGAAAUAUUAUUUAAUUAUUCAUUUAUGCAUGCUAAAUUCAGUUGUUCACCAUUUCUUGAUAUUCAAAACGAGAUUAAGUUAUUUGAACAGAAAUCAUCAUAUCAAGCAGCCACGAUAGUUGGUGAAAUUCAAAAAGAAAUAGCAGUUCUUAGUAUGAUUUAUUUAUUAUGUGGUCAUUUACUUAAUGAAUAUCCAGAUAAUUAUGCAUUUGAAAUAACAUCACGUUUAGGUAUAUUAUAUAGUAUGAAACCAAAUAUUACAAAUUUAAUAAAACAAUGUGAUGAACAAAGUCCACGUCAUUGUGCACUUAUUGUACCUUAUUGUCAAACACAACCACCAGGAAAUGGUUUAGUAUAUGCAAUGAAUAAACAUACAAUGCCAGUUGUUGAUCUUGAUUUUACAGAGAAGCAAAUGGCAGCUAUAUCAUUAUCAAAUAAAAUAAUUGUUAUUAAUAUGCAAACAGGUAAUACGGCAGUUGAUAUACAAUUACCUAAGUUAAAUGAAUCAUAUUUAAAUGCAACAACAAUACCAAAUAUGAUUAUGAAUUCUACGAAUCAAGAAGAAGAUAUGAUCGAUAAUGAUAGUGAUGAUGCGAAUUCAGAUGAUGGAGAAGAAGAUAAAUUUAAACGAUAUAUGUUCUGUGUUAAUUCAUCUCAUCAUGUUUAUUUUAUAUCUAGCCAUGGUGAUAUUAAAUUUCAUAAAACUUCACCAAAAGGAUAUUCAACUGUUGAAAUAAUUCAUAAGAAACGUGGUUUAUGUCUUCUUGUUGAACAUAAUUCUAAUUCUGUUGAAUGUUGGGAUCUUGGACAAGACAAAUUAUUUUCAAAAAUUGAUUUAUUAUCAGAUGUAUCAAUUAAAAAAGUAUUAAGUUCAAAAAUAUCAUCAUCAUUAAUACUAAUUAUUAUUAUUCUUUGUGAUGGAACAAUCCUCUUUUAUAAUUUUGAAGCAUUAAAAUUCAAUCAUUGUGGUACAAUUAAUGCUGGUAAACAUUUAGAUUUAGUUAUUGUUAACGGCGAUAAAUUAAUUUGUACAUUUGACUCAACAAUUCCAAUUGAUUUUACUUAUAUUGAUUUACGUGCACUUAGUCAGACAAAAACAGUGUUAUCUGAUAAAGAAAUGGUUAAAACAUUAAUUGCUUUUAAUCCACCUAUUACUCCUAAACCAUUUGUAAAAAUUAUAUUACCCGAACAAGGCAAGUCUACAUCGGCUGCAGACGCAUCAUUAUUAUUCAUGAUUUUAACAAAAGAAUCUCUAUGUAUUGUGCAUAAUUGUAUGAAAAAAGAUAUAUCUUAUGCACGUAUUCCUGGUCAAUUUGAUUUAGUGUCGACAACUAUUGAACAUUCAAACUCUAUAUAUGUUGCACGACGUGGUAUUAUUGAUAUGUACAAAUGGCGUUGUAUCGAAGGAGAAGAUGAUAUACAUGGCAAAUGCAAGAUUCAUCAUGGUUAUCAAUUAUUUGUUUCUAUUGAUAUCAGUUCAUGUUCAGUACUUACUAUAAAACCAGCAGAUGAUUCAGGAAGUAUGUUUUUAUGUUCAAUGGAAAAUGGUGCUAUAAAUGCAUAUAAUAGUCAAGUAGCACGAGAGGCUUUUAAAAAAAUUCCACCGUUUCCACGUACAACAGAAUUGAUAAAUACAAUUCAAUUAUCUGGAAAACAUGCUGUCACUCUUAGUGUAUCAGAACAAGAACUAACAACAUGGUUAUAUCAACAUCAAACAGCAAUUGAAUCAACACAGGUUUUUUCUAAUCCGAUUAAAAUUGAUUACUAUGCUGUUUUAUCUGAUACGGCUGUACUUAUAAUUACAAAUACAUAUUGGGCUGAAAUCUAUUCAAUGGAAUCAUUGAAUAAACAAACACUUUUUCGUCUUCAUCUUCGCCACCCAACACGAGUCUUUAUUAUUGAUGAAGAAGUUUUUAUUUUACUUACAAAUGAUGGAUCAAUUCGUUUUAUUACUCGGCAAAUAAAUAAAAAUAACGUCAAAUUUAAUCAAACAUCCAAUAAACAACUAAAUAUACAAUGUAAAUAUCUAUUUAGUUCAAUUAUAACACUGAAUUCAAAACAAUCUCUUAUUGUACUUGCUGAUGAUGGACAUUCAUUAGCAAUUUGUACAUUAAAUGAUAUUAUUUAUAUGAAUAUUGAUUUUACACAACAUUCCUCAUCACGUUUAUUAAAUUUUACAAGUGAUGAAUCACAAGAAUUUUUAUUAUUUUAUUUUGAAGAUAAAUCUCUUAUUUCAUGUCGAAUUCAAUUAACAAACAAACAUUCUUAUGAAUUAACAUCUUUUAAUAAAGCUGAUAUGUAUUAUUUAAAAAAUACUUGUUUAGCUACAAUUAUUAAUGGUAAAAAUGAAUUAUUUUUACAUAAUAUUCAUUUGCAUACUUCUUCUCAUGAGCCAAUUCAACUUGAAAAUGAAUGUGAACAAUUAUGUAUUAAUAAAUCAGGAGAUUAUGUAUUUGUUCUUGUUAAACCUCGAAUUUUAUGUAUGUAUCGAGUAAAAGAUCGACGUCAAUUAGCAAGAUUAUUUGUUUAUGAUCAUGUAACAACAAUGACUGCUUGUAAUGAUUUUAUUAUUUUAGCAAUGAAUGAUCGACGUUUAUUAACAUUAAUGAUUGCUGAUCCAGAUGAUACAAUGUUACAAUCAAAAAUUCAGGCACUACCAAGCAGAUCUCUUCAACGAGAUAGUAAUUCAGCUGCACAAAAAGUUAUGAAACAAAUCGAAGCAUAUCAAGAUAUGAGCUCAGAUGAUUAUGAUAGUGACCUGAAUGAGAACGAUGAUAAUAUAAAUAGUGUAAAAAAGACUCCUCAACCAAUUACUUCAUAUCGUUAUGUUCAUCGUCUUAAUGGAAAAUUUUCAUCAUCAAAAAUGAAAACAGAUGAAUCAUAUAGAACAUACUUUUUGGCAAAUUAUAUCGAUAGAUCUGACGAGCCUGAUACAACCAAUAUUAUGGUUGAUGAUUCUGAUAGUGAUGAUAAUGAUGAUGUUAUUACUGAAACUCCACCACAAGUAGAAAAUACUCCUAUCAAACAGGAACAUAAUCUCGAUGAUAUACAUGAAAAAACUAUGGAACAUGAUCGACAACAAAUAAAAGGCAUUCAAUUAGCUAAUGUAGGAGUUAAUAAUCCUAAAAUAAUCAAUGAUUAUUCCGUAACAUCAAAUACAUGCAUACUUUUGUGA